AUGAAAGCUUCUUUCAUCACAGCUUUCCUGGUCAAUUGCAUCUUCGUCCGUUGCUUACAAGAAGACAAAUGGGACACUGUAGCUAAAAACCUGGCACUCCUGCCGAAACACGAGGAAUGUUUGAUCAACUCUGCACAAGAAUGGGAUCCCCACCAAGGUGGGAUAAAUAUAACUUUACCGAUUGAUUAUUACGAAGAGGAGCAGGAGCAUAACUGGGCUGCUUUUCUUGCUUCAGAAAGCCACGACAAUAGACUCAUGUACUCGGAACUUGUGCGAUCUAGCGAAGUUUUCAACAACACCGAAGCUACAUACGUCCUCUCUCAAAUAUUAUUGCAACAACAAUAUGGAGUUCCCCAGAACAAAUCUUUGGCGUUCCAUCAUCUACAGAAGUUUAACAAUCUCACAGAUUACACCAAUGCCUCUGCGGUUUUUGAACUAGGUGUAAUGCAUAUCACCGGAUUUUUUGGUACCAUUCCAGUGGAUAUUCCCCAAGGACUGAUCUUAUAUGAAAAAGCAGCUGAGCUGGGGGAUUUGAGGGCUAUCAUGGCAUUGGCGUAUCGAUAUUCCAAGGGUAUAAACGUUCCUCUGGACGAGGAAAAAGCCCUUAUGCUCUACAGCGGGCUUGCCACAGAACUGCGUGAAAAUUACACGGAUGUUGAGUGGCAAAUAUUCCAUCCCUACGUGGAAUCUUAUUAUGUUCGCAUUCCAGAUUUAACAGGCGGUCUGUUGGGCACUGGUCUGAGUCGGAGAACGUCUACUAUCUCGAGAUUCAGGGCAAAUAGGCCUGAUAUCACAACUCCUGCCCUGACAAUUCUACGCUCACAAGGUGUUAAGCUCGUUCCUGGAGAAUUUUUUUUCAAGGAAGAAGACGAGGACAGCAGACAGCUUCUGGACUUGUAUUACACCGCUCUUGACAAUUACUUGGGCACAUACACUCAAAGACGCAACCUAGGGGCUACUGUACAGAUAUUAAAUGCCACGAUAACUGAAUACGCGUCUCAGCUGCCAAUAAUGGAUACUCUACAGAAAUACUACUACGGCAGAUGCUUAGAAUUGUGGGGUCAUAUGCUUCUCACUGGACAAGGCUUUCCAUAUCGAGAUGUAGAUGCAGCUGAAUCAAUACUGAUGGAUGCAGUGUCCAUGCCAACCUCCUCUCAAUCGCUUGCACAUGUAAAUCUCGGCAAGAUUCAGCACUAUUUUCGUGAGAACGCCACGGCAGCGCUAGAGCAUUACGAGAAGAAUAUGCGUGGUGAAAGCCUCUACCAAGGAUAUCAGCUGUACAAGUCAGGUUUGCUGCCACCAACUGUGAAAACCUCCGAAUUCUCACUUAGAGGUGCUUCAAAUGUGGGACAGCAGCAAGCGAUCUAUGAGUUGGCAGUCGAAAUGGAAGGACUUUCUGUCGGUGAUAUAGCCUUAGUUGUGCUACAGUUCAGAAGAUUUGUUGAAUCACAAGAAACACGGGUCGCUCCUCAUAUGAGAGACGCGUUCUUAGCGCUACUCAGAGGCGAGACGGAAGCGGCCUUGUGGCUAUAUGCACAGGCAGCUGAACAGGGAAUUGAGAUAGCUCAAACAAAUGCUGCCUUCAUACUUCACCAACCUGCUUAUAAUCUGGACGAGCCACCUUUUUCUCCCGUGGAGCGGAAGCGCUGGGCAGCACGUUACUAUGCGCUGGCGUCGUUGGGAGCUGCAAAAGACGCACUUAUUGUUGCAGGCGACAUUUACUACCAGUUAGGUGACUACGAGCGGUCAGCAGCAUUUUAUGAAAGCGAUUCCUAUUCUCCUUUGGGGAGUUGGAAUCUGGGGUACAUGUACGAGUACGGGUUGGGUGUCGAACAAAACUUUGCGCUAGCGAGAAAGUGCUAUAGCAUGGCAUUGGAAGUGAAUCCAGCGAUAUUCCUGGGUGUCAAGCUUUCCCUUUUGAAGCUACAAUUUAAAUCCUGGCUUCUGUGGCUUACAAGAUCAGCAGAAAGGUUUGGUUGGCUAGUUAGUGCGGAAUCAGUCCAAACAAGAACAGGUGGUGAGCCGCUGCAUUCUAAAUUACUCAAGAAGCUUUGCAAGACCCGUUACGAGAAACCGGAGCGGACAGUGCUUUCUUCCAACUAUUACGGCCUACCUACUUUAAAAGACGCAUUCUUGAUCCUAGGCUUAUUUGCGAUCUUUUUAAUGAUACAGUUCGCAAGGCUAAUCCGGGGUUUGUUGGCGCGUCGCAGAAACAAUUUUGGAGGUAUCAAUUUUCCUAUUUGA